AUGGAGGCCCCGAUGCAUGGCACCGUGCACCUGAGCGACUGGCAGAAAAGUUACUUUGCUAUUGCCUCUGGCACCUGCACACCCGGACAGAAGGCUGAUGAGUACCGUGCCAAAAUUCUGCGUAUUCAGUAUGCAUGGGCAAACUCUGAGAUCUCUCAGGUCUGUGCUGCCAACCUCUUUAAAAAAUACGCAGAGAAAUACUCUGCAAUUAUUGACUCUGACAACAUAGAGACUGGCUUGAAUAACUAUGCUGAAAACAUUUUGACUUUGGCAAAGUGUCAACAAAAUGACAGUGACAAGUGGCAAUCUGCCUUGACAACAGAGAAUGUAUUUGGUUUGAAGUGUGUGCAAGAGAGGAUGCAGGCUGGCAAAAAUGUCCAGAGCUCUCAGAUGGCACCAGCAGAUGCCCUUGUACUAGCUGAUAAAGGGGUCAGUGCCUCUGCUGCUCCAGGCCUUCCCAGGCUCAGUGCUUUCAGCAGCACCGGUGAGAGUGAACGCUGUGCUAGCUCAUCAAAAAGUACAGGUCGAGGCCCACAUCUCCUUGAGCAUCCCUUGUCUUCAAAGUCUCUCCAAAGCAGUGUGCCUCCUGUGACCAAAACUUCGGAUAUACUUCCUGUGUCUUCUGCCUCCUUAAGUGAACAGAUUCAUACAGGGUUCCAGGCGGCACCGCUGUUUGGAAAUAAAGAAAUGACAAGUGGUCCUUCUCUGAAAAUUCCAGGUAACUGUAAUGAUGGACAAAAUUUGUCUCUUCCCAAUCAGUCAGCUGUACAAGCAUGGUCUGGGAAAAGAAAAGCAUUUUAUGGCUUGACUGAUAAAGGCAGCACUUCCACUUCUAGUCUUGCUCCAUGCCAGGCUUCCAGUACUAUGGAAGCCAACAGUUUUUCCGGGAGUAGAAAUGGAAUUGAAGAGAGUGGUGUUCCUGGUUUUAGAACUGCCAAAGAACAGCUAUGGGUGGAUCAGCAAAAGAAACCUCAAAGUCUACAACAGCGUGCGCCAGUCUCAACAUACGGAGGUGUAAAAAAGUCAUUGGGUGCUGGUAGAUCUCGGGGUCCAUUUAGCAAGUUUGUUCCUCCAGUCCCAAAACAGGAUGGAAAUGAAAACGGAGGAAUGCAGUGUAAGCCUCAUGCCAGAGGGCCGACGGAUCCUUUACUUCCUGUAGAUGAACGACUGAAAAGUAUAGAACCAAAAAUGGUGGAACUCAUUAUGCAUGAGAUCAUGGACCAUGGGCCUCCUGUGAACUGGGAUGACAUUGCUGGAGUUGAAUUUGCUAAAGCUACAAUAAAAGAAAUCGUAGUCUGGCCUAUGCUGAGGCCAGACAUCUUUACUGGGUUACGUGGUCCUCCUAAAGGAAUUCUUCUCUUUGGCCCCCCUGGAACUGGGAAAACUCUCAUAGGCAAGUGCAUUGCUUGCCAGUCUGGAGCUACUUUUUUUAGCAUCAGUGCCUCUUCUCUGACUUCCAAAUGGGUAGGCGAGGGGGAAAAGAUGGUCCGUGCCCUGUUUGCUGUGGCACGAUGUCAACAGCCAGCAGUGAUUUUCAUUGAUGAGAUUGAUUCUCUGUUGUCUCAGCGUGGGGAUGGGGAGCAUGAGUCUUCAAGGAGAAUAAAAACUGAGUUUCUGGUCCAGUUAGAUGGGGCAACAACCUCCUCUGAAGAUCGUAUUCUGGUGGUUGGUGCAACGAAUCGGCCCCAGGAAAUCGAUGAGGCUGCCCGAAGGAGACUUGUGAAGAGACUUUACAUUCCUCUUCCAGAAGCUUCAGCUAGAAAGCAGAUUGUUACUCGUCUGAUGUCAAAGGAGCACAGCUGUCUCAGCGAAGAGGAAAUCGAGCUUAUAGUUAAGCAGUCAGAUGGGUUUUCUGGGGCAGACAUGACACAGCUGUGUCGUGAAGCUUCUCUGGGCCCUAUCCGCAGUCUUCAGUCCAUGGAUAUCACAACCAUCAUGCCAGAGCAAGUACGGCCCAUUGCUUUUGUUGACUUUGAGAGUGCCUUUGGAACCGUGCGGCCUAGCGUGUCCUCCAAGGACCUGGAGCUGUAUGAAACCUGGAACCGGACAUUUGGCUGUGGCAGAUAGUUGCAUUGUAACUUUUGCAGAAACAGUUCUUUAGCACUGCUAUGUAUUAAACCUGUGAUCGUUUCGUGUAUCCAUGCUGCUUUUUGUUUUUAUCUGUCUUUGUAAUAAACACUCUAAAUUUACGCA